UCCAUCACUUGCGGUCACUUUUUUUAUGACAUCAGAUUGUUGCAAAAAAGGCUUUUUGCAAGGCUAAAAACAAUAACUAUUUCGUCUCUUAAGGGUCCCGCACAACACCGUCGACGUGCCCACAAUAAUGGCCGAUCCCAAGUUCCAGAAUCUACCCGGAAUAGCUUAUGACCAGCCGGAUGUUUUUGAAACUCCAGAUGACCCGGAGCCCGAUACAUCCGACUACUACGAGGAAGAGCCAGAAAACGAGGCCAUCGAGAGGCUGCACAUCUCGCCAAGCAUCGCCCACAAGCGGUUCAGCGGAGCAACUCUCGAGGGGAGUGUGGACUUUACUGAUCGUAUUGGACGCCGGGUGUGCCGUGGAUAUGAUGCUCGCGGAUCUGGGGAAUACGAGUUGGUGGGCCAAGGCGAGAAGGAGACACCAGUGCAAAAGUGCCAGCGCCUGCAGAUUGAGAUGAACGAACUCCUGAACGAGGUGGCUGCUCUGCAGGUGGACCGCAAGGUCGCCGAUGAGGAAAAGCAAUCGUAUGAUGCGGUGGCUACGGUCAUCAGCACAGCCCGAAAAGUGCUAGAGUCCCUGAAACUAGAACAAGUGCUAGGCAAGGAACAGACACCUGGCAGCAAACAAGUGAAGGCGCUUAUAAGUCAGGUGGAGGAGUUCAAGCAAUCCGGCGUUCUCACGGCUAUUCCAACGCCUGGAACCGAUCUGGCAGCUACUGCUCGAGUAGCUAGCCUGGAGCAGCGCCUAUCGCAGCUUGAGAAAGUGGUUGGCGCCCAACCGGACAAGUUGAGCCGACUUACUGCCGCCACUAAUACUACCAAUGUGCUGGAAGCCGUUCGUCAUCUCAGCACUAAGGCAGCAUUGCUACAACCAGAUAAGCUGGAUACCAUUGAGCAACGUCUGACCUCGCUGGCCGGCAAGAUGGAUGCCAUCGCCGAGAAGUCCAGUGGCAGUGCCCAGGAUGCGAAGCGGGAUCAAAAAAUCACGGAAUUAUACGACAUUGCUAAGCGCUCGGAGCCUGUGGUGGAAAUACUCCCGCACGUUAUUGAACGCAUGCAAGCUCUUGAGGCCCUCCAUAAAUAUGCAAACAAUUUUGCCAAGAUUAUCGCUGAGAUUGAACAGAAGCAAGGGACGAUUACCACCAGCUUGGUAAACAAUAAGGAACUGCUCCAUUCCGUUCAGGAAACAUUUGCUCAGAAUCUGGAGACCAUCAACGCGAAGGUGGCUAAGGUUGAGCAGCGCGUCUCGGCACUUUCCUCGGCUAAAUAAGUGAAGGCACAACAUGCGUAUUAUACAUAGCUAAUAUUUAUGAAAACUAUAAUAAAGCGAUUUACAUUCGA